AUGGCCAGAGGAUCAGUGUCCGACGAAGAAAUGUUGGAGCUCAGAGAAGCAUUUGCCAAAGUUGAUACAGACGGCAAUGGGUUCAUCAGCUGUAAUGAGUUGAAUGACUUGUUCAAGGCUGCCUGCUUACCUCUGCCUGGCUACAGAGUGAGAGAGAUUACAGAAGACCUCAUGACUGCAGGUGGUCUGGACCAAGAUGGGAAGAUCAGCUUCGAUGAGUUUAUUAAGGUGUUUCGUGGGCUAAAAAGCACAGAUGUUGCCAAGACCUUUCGAAAAGCCAUCAAUAAGAAGGAAGGGAUUUGUGCAAUCGGCGGCACCUCGGAGCAGUCCAGUGUUGGCACACAGCACUCCUAUUCCGAGGAAGAAAAAUAUGCCUUUGUCAACUGGAUAAACAAAGCCCUGGAAAAUGACCCUGAUUGCCGGCAUGUCAUCCCAAUGAAUCCCGACACAGAUGACCUCUUUAACUCUGUUGGGGAUGGCAUUGUUCUCUGUAAAAUGAUCAAUUUAUCAGUGCCAGAUACAAUUGAUGAAAGAACAAUCAACAAAAAGAAACUCACCCCUUUCACCAUUCAGGAAAACUUGAACCUGGCUCUGAACUCUGCCUCUGCCAUCGGGUGCCAUGUGGUGAACAUCGGAGCCGAGGAUUUGAAGGAGGGCAAGCCGUAUCUGGUCCUGGGACUUCUGUGGCAAGUCAUCAAGAUUGGAUUGUUUGCCGACAUCGAACUCAGCAGAAAUGAAGCUCUGAUUGCUCUUUUGAGAGAAGGAGAGAGCCUAGAAGACCUGAUGAAGCUCUCCCCUGAGGAGCUCCUGCUGAGAUGGGCCAACUACCAUCUGGAAAACUCAGGCUGCAACAAAAUCACCAACUUCAGUACUGAUGUCAAGCUGACUGACUUCUACAGCAAUAUAAAGGACUCGAAAGCUUAUUACCACCUGCUUGAACAGGUGGCUCCGAAAGGAGAUGAAGAAGGCAUCCCUGCUGUUGUUAUUGACAUGUCCGGACUAAGGGAGAAGGAUGACAUCCAGAGAGCAGAGUGUAUGCUGCAACAAGCAGAGAGGCUAGGCUGCCGGCAGUUUGUCACAGCCACUGAUGUGGUCCGAGGAAAUCCUAAACUGAACUUGGCCUUCAUUGCCAACCUCUUCAACAGAUAUCCUGCCCUACACAAACCAGAAAACCAGGACAUCGACUGGGGAGCUCUGGAAGGUGAGACACGGGAGGAGCGGACAUUUAGGAACUGGAUGAACUCCUUGGGUGUGAACCCUCGAGUCAAUCAUUUGUACAGUGACUUAUCAGAUGCCCUGGUCAUCUUCCAGCUCUACGAAAAGAUUAAAGUCCCUGUUGACUGGAACAGAGUGAACAAACCACCAUACCCCAAACUGGGGGGCAAUAUGAAGAAGCUUGAGAAUUGUAACUAUGCAGUGGAAUUGGGGAAGAAUCAAGCUAAAUUUUCCCUGGUUGGUAUUGCUGGACAAGAUCUCAAUGAAGGGAAUCGCACGCUAACAUUGGCCUUGAUUUGGCAGCUAAUGAGAAGGUACACACUGAAUAUCCUCGAAGAAAUUGGCGGUGGACAGAAGGUCAAUGAUGACAUUAUUGUCAACUGGGUGAAUGAAACAUUGAGGGCAUCAGGGAAAAGCUCGUCCAUCUCCAGUUUCAAGGACCCGAAAAUUAGUACAAGCCUGCCCGUUCUAGAUCUCAUUGAUGCCAUUCAGCCCGGUUCCAUUAACUAUGACCUUCUGAAGACUGAAAACUUGGAUGAUGAGGAGAAGCUCAACAAUGCGAAAUAUGCCAUCUCCAUGGCCCGAAAAAUUGGAGCCCGAGUCUAUGCCCUUCCAGAAGACUUGGUUGAAGUGAAUCCCAAAAUGGUCAUGACCGUGUUUGCUUGCCUCAUGGGGAAUGGAAUGAAGAGGGUGUGA